AUGCGCGACCCCAAGCCACCGCCGUGGGCCUUGCCCCGUGUGUUCGCGCGCACCCUGGACACCCGCACAAGCCAAGUUGACCGCAGCCUUCGGUUCGCCGUGCCCGUACAGGCCGUGCUCGAGCCGCAGCCGCCGCGCGGCUUUAUCCUUGUGUCGGCGCCACUGCCAGACCUCGCCGAGCGCCGCCGGCCGUGCUGUGGUUUCCCGCGCACAUGUAGAACGCUGCUCGUGCCUCGCCUUGAUGACGCCACCCUCGCCACGACGUGCCCAGAAGAUCGACACCCCGACGCCCAGAAGACCCAGGAGGACGUCCCGGACUAUGAGAAGACCACGAGGACCCCGGAAGACUACGAAGAGCUGUCAGUACCCGAGCCCGCCCACCGCGCUCGACCCCCGCACCCGACCCGAACGCUCGCGCCGUCCUCGACCCACGACCGAGCGAGCGGUUCCCCCACGACCGAGCAGUUCCCCCCUCCCCAGCUCGCAGAUGCACAGCGCCGCCGGGUGUUUCCCUGUGCCCGCCCCGCCCUGCAUCGCCGGCCAGCGCGAUUCGCUGCGCCGUCGGCGUCCGUGCCGCCCGGCGAGCUGCCGCGCCUGCUCCCGCCGGCCCUAGCCGGCCAUCCACCGUUGCCGCCUCCACCCGGGCGUUCGCCCAAUGCAGCAGGGUGCCCCCAGGUCGUGAGCAGAUCUCGACGGCGCUCCCUCCUCCCGUUCCCGACGCCGCCGCUCCUCCCGACGGCACACUCCCUCCUCCCGCCGUUGCCCCUCCCUCCCGAUGGCGCUCCCCUCCUCCGGCAGAGCUCCCUCCUCCCAGUUCGCGAUCCGUUUCGCGACACCGCUCCGCCGGAAUCGGCGCUGCGUGCAUCGAGCUUCCUCACCACGCUGCAUCUCCGGUUGCUUGCACUGGACCCGCGGAAGCAACGCACGGAUCUCGUCUACACGGACUCCACCUGCUGCCCCAGCCAUGGGCAGUCUGGCACUCGUCAGGUACUUGGAACAGAAUGGGCUGAAUGCUUAUUUGAACAAGUACAUAAUUGAGCUUGACCAUCAGCAAGAUCAAGAGGCAAUAGUAUUCGCUGCAUCUUUGUACUUGUAACAUGUCUUGAUGGCGUCAUGAUUCCGUAAGAGCUCCAAAGAGCAUAGAGAAAUUAAAUCUCUCUUAGUUAUUUUGUUCCAAGUGUUCUUCGCCUGAUGGAGAUGUCUGGUGGAAACACGGAACAAUGAUAUGGCAGGCAAAAUUUUGUUAGUGUUGUGUUAACCAUGUAGGGCAUGUUUGGAAUACAAUAUGUAAGAAUUUGCAGGAACCUUUACAGCUGUACCAGAAAUUCUGAAGAACCACA